AUGCCGAUGAAACGGGGUCAUGUUUCGGCUCCUCAAAAUACAUUUAUUGAUACAAUUAUACGUAAAUUUGACUCACAAAAUCGACGUUUUCUUAUAUCCAACGCUCAAUUGGUUAAUAAACCAAUAAUUUACUGCAAUGAUGCAUUUUGCGAAUUAACUGGCUAUUCACGUUCAGAUAUAUUGCGAAAACCUUGUUCAUGUGAAUUUUUAUAUGGCCAUGAAACAGAUGAAAAAUCAAUUAAACAAAUUCGACAUGCAUUACAAGGAAGUGAUGAAAAAGAAGUCGAGAUUGUGUUAUACAAAACUAAUGGCAUUAAACUUCGCUGUUCGGUUCUUAUUGCACCGGUGAAAAAUGAAUCAUGCGAUAUAAUUCUUUUCAUACUUGAAUUUACUGAAAGUUCUGAUACGAAUCGGCCUCGACGAAUACCUAAAAUUCAUGAAUAUUCAAUUAGUCCAACUAACGGCAUUCGUAAACGUUCAUGGCUACAAAUGUUUAAUCCUUUAAGAAAACAUAAAUCGCUACCAACAAAUGAUUUAACAACAGGAGAUGGAACUGACUUUGAGAGUCGUACUUCAUCGCCUGAUACAGCCGGCUACAUAGCUUUGAAUCAUAAAAAUACAACAACAAUUCAUUUGGAUGAAACAACCUCAGCAGCGGGAAAGAAUUUCCCUAUUGAAUAUAAAUUAAGUCAACAAUCAUCAAUAUGUUCAAAUAAUUUAUUAAAACCUGACAGUAAUCCUUGGGGUUCAAAUAAUAACAAUGAUGCUGAUAUAAUGAGAAUGAAGUCUCAAAGUAUCAGUAAUAUAGCUGAAACUGUCAUUAAAAAAGAAACAAAAGAAUCAAAAAAAGUUAAACGUUCAUUUCUACCUAAUUUGCCACGUCAUAUAGCCCAAAUUUUAUCACUGGGUGAUGAUAUAGUGCCUGAUUUUCGUUUACCUGAUAGUCGACGUAUACCACGUACAAUUAUUCUUCAUUAUUCUCCAUUUAAAGCAGCAUGGGAUUGGUUAAUAUUACUACUUGUUAUCUAUACUGCUAUUGUUACACCUUAUAUUGCUGCUUUUCUCAUGCAUGAAGAUGGACCUAAUAAACAACGUUCACGUCCAUCGCGUGCGUUAAGUGUCAUUGAACUUAUUGUUGAUGUUAUGUUCAUAAUUGAUUUAUUGGUUAAUUUACGUACAACAUAUGUUAAACAUAAUGAAGAAUUAGUAACGCGUGCAAGUAAAAUUGCAAAGCAUUAUUUAAAAGGAUGGUUUUUAAUUGAUGUAACAGCAGCCAUACCUUUUGAUAUUUUAUUUUCGUUAAUACAAACAAAAGGUGGUGGUGAAUCAACCGUAUUAAUGGGUCUAUUGAAAACUGCACGUUUAUUACGAUUAGUACGUAUUGCAAGAAAAUUAGAUCGCUACUCUGAAUAUGGCAUUGGAGUUUUAAUUUUGUUAACUGCUACAUUUGCACUUAUUGCACAUUGGCUUGCUUGUAUAUGGUACGCUAUUGGCCGGCUUGAACGAAAUACUCAUGGUACUGAAAGAACGAUUGGUUGGUUAGCUGAAUUAGCUAAUCAUACACAUCAGUAUUAUAAUGAUUCGGAUCCAACAUCUGGUCCGACGAAAGUAUCGAAAUAUAUAACAGCUCUUUAUUUUACUUUUUCUUCUCUAACAUCAGUCGGUUUUGGCAACGUGAGUCCAAAUACAAAUAGUGAAAAGGGUUUUUCAAUAAUAAUUAUGCUCGUAGGCUGUGAGUUACAUUUUUAUUUUUAUUUUGCUUCGUUCAAGUCGUAUGUCUGUCAAACUAUUGUUAUAUUAUCGUCAAUGUUGUGUUGUCCUUUUGUGUCCGCUUCGCUUAUUAUUUUAGGAUUACGUAUAACAUGGCUUGAUGAGUUAGCACGUACAUCAGGUCAAGCAUAUAAUUGUUCACGAAUAAUAUCUACAAAUGAUACAGUAUUAAAAAGAUUGAAUUCAGAAGUUUGUUUUGGUGGACCUAAUCUUCGUUCAAGAUAUAUUACAGCACUUUAUUUUACAUUUUCAUCUCUUACAUCGGUCGGAUUUGGCAAUGUCAGUCCUAAUACAAAUAUGGAAAAAAUAUUUUCCAUUUUUGUCAUGCUAAUCGGAUCUUUAAUGUAUGCAAGUAUUUUUGGUAAUGUGAGUGCUAUAAUUCAAAGAUUAUAUUCGGGCACAGCUCGUUAUCAAAUACAAAUGUUAAGAGUAAAGGAAUUUAUUCGUUUUCAUCAAAUUCCAAAUCCUCUUCGGCAGAGACUUGAAGAUUAUUUUAAUCAUGCAUGGAAUUAUACGAAUGGUAUUGAUAUGAAUAUGGUGCUGAAAGGUUUCCCAGAAUGUUUACAAGCUGAUAUAUGUUUACAUUUAAAUAGUGUAUUACUUAAAAAUUGUCCUGCAUUUAAAGAUGCUAGCGAAGGUUGUUUACGUACGUUUUCAAUGAAACUAAAAACAACACAUGCACCACCCGGUGAUAUAAUAACACAUCGUGGUGAUAUUCUAACAUCAUUAUACUUUAUUUCACGUGGUUCAAUUGAAAUAUUAAAGGAUGAUAAUGUUGUUGCUAUUCUUAGUAAAGAUGAUAUUCUUGGAGAAAAUCCUGUAUUAUAUAAUGAACCAGGGAAAUCUGCUUAUAAUGUUCGUGCAUUAACAUAUUGUGACUUACAUAAAAUCUUACGUGAUGAUUUACUUGAAGUUAUUGAUAUGUAUCCAGAAUUUGCACAAAGUUUUUGUGAAAAUUUAAAAAUUACUCUUACAUUACGUGAUGAAGACCUUGUCUCAAAAUCAAAUGAAUGUCGAUCAAAAUAUUUACCAAAUCCAAAACAAUAUCGAACAAGUACAUCGUUAACUAAAUUAGAAGAUGAUGCUGUAUCAAUAAUGGCUCCACAUCAAUCCUAUUUUGAUGAAUAUCCUAGCGGAACAGGUAAACUACAUCGUAUUGUUAUAAAGAACAAGCAAACAUCAAAAUGUGACAUAUAA